AUGUGGAGUAUUUUGACAAGGAAGAGAUUAGCAUAUACAAGUUUAGCCUCUUUAGCCACUGGUGGUAUCUCCUAUUACCAAUAUUCAAGUUCAGCGCGUAAAAGACGUGACGAACAACAACACUUAAUACGCACAUAUCUAUCGAGACUUGCACCCGAGUUUCUAAUAACAGAAGUGAAUGCAGACGCGGGUAAUAAUAAUAGUUUUGCAUAUCUAGAAAGCACCUACGAUAGACCACACACUUUAUGGACUCCACCGUCACGAAAGGAAAUAAUAAGCUUACUCCAAGGAAAAAGUAAGGACGGUACGCCAAUAGCACAUAAUAAAGAUGAAUCACCACCGUUUGACUUGUUAAUUGUUGGGGGUGGUGCUACGGGAACAGGAGCAGCUCUCGACGCUGCGACGAGAGGAUUAAAAGUUGCGUUGGUGGAACGAGACGAUUUUGCAGCAGGUACCUCGUCACGGUCUACGAAGUUGGUGCAUGGUGGUGUGAGAUAUCUCGAGAAAGCUUUUUGGGAACUUGAUUAUGAACAAUACAAAUUGGUCCGAGAAGCAUUGCACGAACGUGCUACUUUCUUACACAUCGCUCCCCAUCUAAGUAUACAUUUACCGAUUAUGCUGCCAAUUUACAAAUGGUGGCAACUCGGUUAUUAUUGGGUCGGCUCAAAAGCAUAUAGUUUUCUUGCAGGCAAAGAGAAUGUUGAAAGUUCAUAUUUUUUGACGCGUAGUAAAGCGCUCGAAGCUUUUCCUAUGUUGAAGAAGGAUAAACUUGUUGGAGCAAUGAUUUACUAUGAUGGUCAGCAUAACGAUGCUCGCAUGAACGUGGCAAUUGCAUUGACAGCGAUUGCUAGUGGAGCAGUCAUAGCUAAUCAUACAGAAGUAAUAGAACUAUUAAAAGAUAAAAAUGGCAUUGUAAACGGAGCUCGAGUAAGAGAUACACUAACAGGUGAUGAAUGGGAUGUGAAAGCUAAAGGUGUAAUAAAUGCUACUGGUCCAUUUACAGAUGCACUUCGCUUCAUGGAUAAUCCAAAAACAGAAAACAUAGUAGCUCCUUCUUCAGGUGUUCAUGUAGUAUUACCAAACUAUUAUAGUCCCGGAAAUAUGGGUUUAGUGGAUCCAGCAACUUCUGAUGGUCGAGUUAUUUUCUUCUUGCCAUGGCAAGGGAAUACGAUUGCCGGCACAACUGAUUCACCGACAGAAGUCACCUAUAACCCAAUGCCAAAAGAGGAAGAAGUGCAAUGGAUAUUGGAUGAAAUCAGACGAUACCUAAGUCUUGAAAUUAAAGUUCGACGUGGAGAUGUUCUUGCUGCUUGGUCGGGAAUUCGGCCUCUCGUUCGUGACCCGUCAGCCAAAAAUUCUGCUGAUUUAGUGCGAAACCAUAUGAUCCAUGUUAGCGAUUCCAAACUAAUUACUGUUGCAGGUGGCAAAUGGACAACUUAUCGUGCAAUGGCUGAAGAAGCAAUCGAUAAAGCUAUUGAAGUAUUUGAAUUGAAACCGCAUAAUCCGUGUAUUACUCGUCAUGUUAAACUUAUAGGAUCUCAUGGAUACUCGAAGACCAUGUUCAUUAAACUUAUUCAGCAAUUUGGUCUGGAGACGGAGAUUGCUCAACACUUGACAAAUAGUUAUGGAGAUCGUGCUUGGGCAGUUGCAGCAUUGGCGCAACCUACGGGAAAACGUUGGCCUGUAUUCGGGAAGAGAUUGAGCCCAUUCUAUCCAUAUGUCGACUCGGAAGUUCGAUACGCUGUUCGUAGAGAAUAUGCUUGCACGCUAGUGGAUGUAAUUGCACGUCGUACUCGACUGGCCUUCUUAAAUGCCCAAGCGGCACUCGAUUCAUUACCACUAAUCGUUGAUAUCAUGACUGAAGAACUAGGAUGGUCAGAACAACGUCAAUCAAAAGAAUACGAACAAGCCAUUGACUUCCUAUUAACGAUGGGUCUUCCACCACCCAAAGAAAAACUUACACUAGAUAAAGCCAAAACCGCAUUACAAGCCGGUCAACGACCCGAGCAUCACGCAUUCUACUCGCGAUCUCGAUUCCAACCAGAAGAGCUGGCCAGUUUCCAAAAAAUAUACGCGGACUUAGAUGUCAAAGGGGACGGGUAUAUUCAAGUUGAUGAUAUUGCGGAAAUUCUCGGACUCCUUGGAUAUUCGGUUCACGUGAAUGAUGUGAAUGCAAUACUAGACGGAAUGAAAUUGGAUCGUGCUGGGGCUAUUGAAUUUGAAGAGUUCUUGGAGGUGAUGAGUGGGAUUAAGGAGAUUCAGUUGCAAACUAGUUAUGCAAAAAUGCUUGAUCAACCUAGGAUCCCGAUUGAAAGAGCUUCAGGGGGAAUAUAG